AAUAAUGAAAUACAAUCGACUGAUUACACACGAGCGACAGCUUAUUUUCUUAUUGAAUUUAUAAAUUUUAGAGAGUGUCUGACCAGUCUUCCCGAACAGCAGAAGCCGGAGCACACGCGAACCGCUAAAGGCGAUAGCCCACAAAACACACUGCCUGUAACUAAAAACCAGAGAUUAGAUCAUGGCUGAGGACCCAGUCAACCAGAAGGCAUUCGCUGAGGACGUGGCAGCUGCCGCUGCAGCCGGAGGACCCAAUGGCUUUGCCGGUCCCGAGCCGGGACAUCCGGACUUCAAGAUGCCCAGUGCCGAAGAAAUCUGGAAACUGGUCGAGGGCAUGGAGGGGAUUUCGGAUGAUGAGCGUGCCGAGCUCCGCGAGAGCAUCUUCAACCCGAAACCUCCGUCACCGGAGGAUUUCAUGCGGCAGUAUGGACAUCCCGGCCACAGUUCCCGAGAAUACCUGGUGUUCUUCGUGAUGUUGGCCCUAAUACUGAUUGUCUUUGCUCUCUUCGGCUACAAGCUCUACAAAUCCCUGACGGAGAAGGAACUCAAGAAACAGGAGAAGCUCAAGAGCAAGCAGCAGAAGAAGGCCAAGAAGUCCAAUUGAUCAAGGAGGAGAUGAGGAAAUCCUUAAUGUAGUAGUUUCCGGCACUGCAAACCCUCCAUCUGUUAAUCAAUACAAUCGCCCUGUAAAUGAAUAAAUUAUGAACCAGUAAACGUAAUCAAAUAAACAGUA